AUCACUCAAUGCAUUUAAAUCAUCGUGCCCCACCCCAUUUCUACCUUGUACUAGUAUUCUAACUAUUCCAAUUACUAUUACAUUCUGAUUCUUUUUUCCACCAUACAGCCACGAGUAUACCAACAAAAUGCAGUCAUAAACUUAUUUUGACUCGUUAAAUUCAAUUUUUUUAUAUAAAAAAAAUAUUGCUAAACUAGACUAGCUAGCAUCACUCAACUUCUACAUAUAGCCCAGCUAAGAUUGAGCUAUACUCAACACACAACUCUCUCUCCCUCUCUAUCUCUAUCUUUAUCUCUCUUUCUCUACCACUUUUCUAGUUCAAGUUUGAAAGACAAAUACACCAUGACAGAUAUCUUGAGUGAUGAACAGAUUGUUGAUUUUAAGGAGGCCUUUGGCUUGUUUGACAAAGAUGGAGAUGGGUGCAUUACUGUGGAAGAACUGGCCACUGUCAUUCGGUCAUUGGAUCAGAACCCCACUGAAAAAGAGCUCCAAGAUAUGAUAAGCGAAGUGGAUGUAGAUGGCAAUGGAACAAUUGAAUUUGAUGAGUUCUUGAGCUUGAUGGCCAAGAAAGUGAAAGACACUGAUGCAGAGGAAGAGCUCAAAGAGGCUUUCAAGGUUUUUGAUAAAGAUCAAAAUGGCUACAUAUCAGCUACUGAGUUGAGACACGUGAUGAUCAAUCUAGGUGAAAAACUAACUGAUGAGGAGGUGGAGCAGAUGAUUAAAGAAGCAGAUUUGGAUGGUGAUGGUCAAGUUAACUAUGAUGAAUUCGUCAAGAUGAUGAUGACCGUUCGAUGAAACACUCUCACCUGAUUGGAUUGGACACAUUUGUUAUUCAAAUUUCAUUGGCUUCCAACCUCUCAAGAAAUAAUAAGUGUUCUUAUUAUUGUUUGUUGUAUUCAACUUGUACUAAUUAGUAGUAGUUAAUGACCAAGCAGUAGAGUGGCUAUAGUCAACCACCCCAUUCCAACUCAAAAUUAAGUCACUAUUCUUGUAAUGUAAUUUUUGUUCAGUAUUGUCUAUGCUCCAAGGGGAGAAAAUCCAAGGUGCAUAUUUACCAUUAAAUAUGUAUGACUUUUACCAAGAACCAUAUGUCUCAUACUUUUAUCAAAUUGUGUUCCAUGGAGGAAGAUAU